UGGACAGUGCAGUUCAUCGAAGUACGUAGGAUUAGGUUAGGUCUUGCUAGCAGACUACAAGGCUAGAAUCAAGAGUUCAUCGAAAGCAGACGAUAAUUAAUUUGUGAUGUCGUUACGUAAUAAAUACAUGUGCUCUUCGACGUCACGUGGAAAUUUUUUUACUGUAUAUAGAAAAUGGUAAAAUUACGAAGCAAAUAUUUUACUCCGAUUCCCGAUAAUUGUGUUCAACGUUCCGUCGAGAAACUUAUGGUUAAUUGUUCGCUCACACGAUAUUUUAGUAACUUAAUAAUUUAAUGACAAGUUUGAUACUUAUUAUCGUUGCGCUUCAAAUUCCUGCCUCCUUGUGCGAAGAUGUUAACGUGAUAAAAGAAUAACCAGAAAUGUUGCGCGAAAAGAAUUCCGAGGGAAGAGCGAGCACGACAAAUGUUAUUCUCACAUCGCUUAUCUCAGGUGGUCUCGCAGGAACCAUUUGUGAUGUAACAUUUUUUCCAUUGGAUACGCUUAAAACACGCUUACAAAGCCAACAUGGUUUCGUUAAAUCCGGCGGUUUCAAACGAUUGUAUCAGGGCUUAGUUCCCGUGAUGAUAGGAUCUGCCCCGUCGGGUAAAUUUUCGAUUAAGCCUAUCUUCCGAAACAGUGCAAUCUAUUUCGUAUUAAUAAGCGUGUUAAUUACAGCUUCCAUAUUUUUUAUAACUUACGAAGGAAUGAAAGAAGUUUUUGAACCUCGUGUACCGGAACAGUAUCACUCGCUUAUACAUAUGACAGCCGCGGCGUUAGGAGAAAUGGUUGCAUGUCUUAUUCGGGUGCCGGUUGAAGUAAUAAAACAAAGAAAACAAGCGCUUUUACACGACGAGCACAGACUAGCGCUGAGAACUUUAUACCGUGGCUAUGGAAGCACUGUACUUCGAGAUCUACCGUUUGGUUUGGUUCAAAUGCCGCUCUGGGAAUAUUUUAAACUCUGUUGGAAAAGGCACGUAGAACGUGAAUGCACGCCUAUAGAAGGUGCCAUCAGCGGAUCAUUGUCAGUGGCUAUAUCUGCAGCUAUGACAACGCCCUUAGACGUUGCAAAAACUAGAAUAAUGUUGUCUAAUACAUCGGCGGAUAAAGAGGAAGUAAAAAUAUCUAUAAUGUUAAAAGAGGUUUAUCGAGAAUGCGGUGUCAGAGGGCUCUUUGCGGGCUUCCUUCCAAGAGUGGGAGGUUUCUCCAUCAGCGGAUUUGUAUUUUUUGGCAUUUACGAAAAAAUUAGAGAAAUUUGUAUUGCAGUUUUGCCGCCAUAACACAAUAAAAACUAAAUAUAGAGACGAACACAUUUCUUAUCAAAUACAUAAUAUUGCACAGUCAAAUGCAUCGCGAUGAAUGUUGAUAAUAAAGCACCCAUCGAUAGGGAUUUACAACAAAAGCUUUCAAAGGAAAUCAAGAUUUAUGUCGCGAUAAAUUUUUUUCAAUAACGAAUGUCAUACAAUUAAAUAUAAGGCUAUUUUUAAAGAUAUCCGCACUUUCACAUUUUUAUUAGUAUUAGUAAUCUAUGCAGUCUA